AUGAAGGGGAUCUGGGUGGUCCUCAUUUACCUCUCAACGACCGCUGCAGCUCAGCAGAAACCAUUGAACCACCAUGAUAUAGCCUCUCUGAGCGCACGUCCAUGGAACUUCAAUUUCUCCUCCUCAGCACCGCAUUACUUCGCAUCUGCAUACGGCCUCCUUCAACAGUGGUCCAACACCUUUUUUCCAAAUGGGCACAGCAUUGUGCCCUGCGAGAUCCCGCUCUUGACGAAGCUGUACCAUGGACGUAAAGAUGCAGAGGUUCCACCAAGCCCCGAAUGGGUUGCUUUCGAUAUUGGAAUGGCGUACGGCAUCAUGGGAGGAGACAGGAACUCGCACAUGUUGACAUAUCAAACGACACGGAGGACGAAAUGCAUAUACUUUGAUGGAGAAUCGGCAACAUUGUUUGGCUCUGGGCAGUUGGAUACACAAAUGCUUCAGAUUUGGGGCAACCUAAGCGGGCCGGCAAGGCCAGACAACGGAUGGCGUGGGCUGUGGGAGGAAUAUGCGAGGGCGAUUGGGCUUUGCGAUUGGCUUCACGACAAGGAACUGGGUGGCCCAGGCUGGGGAUUCGAAGGUAUUGUGAGAAUGAACGCUGGAUUCGAAAUGAUUUGGUGUAACUUUAGUAGUCCGUCGAUUCGCCUGGUCUCUCAUUUGAAUGUUACCGCUCCGCUUCUGCCGGCAGAAGGCGAUGACGGGAUAUCUGCGAAAGAUGAUGACUACGAGCCGACUUCAUAUUUUCCUCUCCCGCCAUCUCCAACCAGGUCAGAUAAAGCAACAGACCCAUCGGAUCCGCCUCAACCACCUGUUAUGGGACGUGAGCAAUGGACGAGGGAACCUUUUUUCCCAACUCAGGCUUGGAAUUGGGGAGCCAGUGCUCUUGCUCACUAUGGUUCUUCCGCGAACGGCCCGGGGCUAGGUGAAACUCGAGUCAAGAUUACGAGUUGCGGUUUUCUCAGCUACUAUGCACCGGAGUUCUUAAGUCAAGCGGUUCCUCGAGCAGCUGAAGAGCAGAAAACACUCAAUCUAACAAAAGAUGGGCUCUGGACCGGACCAGGAAAUGAUGGAACAAGAGAAGAUGCACUCGAAGCAUUGAAGCGGCGGAGACGAGUCCAUACACUCGAGCAUGUCGCCACUUCAGAUGCUGCAAUCAUGCGUGCCCACUCCGAGCGGGUUCUAAAAGACCUGCUCUCUCCAUUUCCAGCAAACUGCAGCGGCAUUGACUGGGCCACAAUCACCAACGACAUAGUUCAAACCUACGCCGCCCCUCUGCUGACAUUUCUCAAGGUGCUUCAACAAUAUCCCGAGGCUCACAACCACACCGCAGUUGGACUGUGGAUGAUGGACAUCCGCGACCAAACACAUACUUUCCUCGUCUCAUUCCUACAAUACCCCGAUUCCCCUACCGACUCGGAGAUCUGGACCCGAGAAUCAACACUGUUUACAGACACAUACUCACUCUGCCGUUUCCAAUACACGCGACUGCUUGACCCAAAACAAGGAAUUCUGCUUGGCCCUGAAGAGGAGCUGCUGAAUUGGGCAGUAGAAGAGACCCUCGGCGGGAUCUGCUCGGUGCUCGUCGACGUUGGAUUGUCUACCGAGGGGAUCUGGGAAGCACAUUUUAACCUCCCUUCCAGCAAAAGGACAACACCCACCAAGAUCCCUGGACUGAACCACGAAGUCAAACGCUGGACAGAAGGAGUCGAACAGUUGAUGUCCUGGCUCGGCUGGGCAGGCGAAUGGAUCGGCUGCGAUGUACAUUGCGAAUGGGACGAGAAGUGCUAUAUUCCUAUGUGGCCCAUCAUUCCCAUGGGUCGACGGCUACCUGGUCGUGGAAGGCGUCCAGGGGGGCCCGGGUAUGACGGCCCAGGGUAUGAAAGGCCCCCGAUGGGACCGCCGAAUGGGUCAAUUCCUGGCCCUCCCAGGAACGGCACUUGGAGAAGCCCCGGGAGAAGUUUUAAUCCUUGGGGGCCGAGCGAGGGAGGGCUGUGGAAGCCGAAGUGCGUGAAGAAGAACUAUAUCUUGGAUGGGGAUCCGGAUUGA